CUUCCUGACGCAGGAGCAUCAACAGCAGGUGCUACAGGCCAUGGAGCGGGCCAAGCAGGUGACCGUGGGGGAGCUGAACAGCCUCAUCGGGGUGAGUCCCCCCUGCUGCUCCCCUGCCCUGGGGAGACCCCACCCCCGGGGCCCUGGCACCCAGUAGGUGCUAAAGCUGGCUGGGGGUGCCGGGUGGGCAGCUGGCCUGGGCUCUGGCCUCCCCGCAGACUCUGGGGUGCCCCCUCUGCCCAGAGCCUGUGCUGGCUCUGGGCGGCCUCGUGGGCCAGGGGCACCGCUGGGCUGCGGCCUGGCCCUGGCCCACCUCUCCUCUCUCCAGCAGCAGCAGCUCCAGCCGCUGUCCCACCAUGCCCCCCCUGUGCCCCUCACCCCUCGCCCUGCUGGCCUGGUGGGCAGCGGUGCCACGGGGCUGCUGGCCCUGUCCGGAGCACUGGCCGCCCAGGCUCAGCUGGCUGCGGCCGCCAAGGAAGACCGGGCAGGUGGGGAGGCCGAGGGACCCAGAGUGGAGAGAGCCCCGAGCAGGAGCGCAUCUCCCUCACCCCCUGAGAGUGUGGUGGAAGAGGAGCGACCGGGUGGCCUGGGGAGCAGUGGGAAGCAGCGAGCUGAGGACAAGGAUCUGUCAGGACCUUAUGAGAGUGACGAAGACAAGAGCGAUUACAACCUGGUGGUGGACGAGGACCAACCCUCGGAGUCCCCCAGCCCAGCUACCACCCCGUGUGGAAAGGCACCCAUCUGCGUCCCUGCCCAUCGGGACCUUGUGGACAGCCCGGCCUCCUUGGCCUCCAGCCUCGGCUCCCCACUCCCCAGAGCCAAGGAGCUUGUCCUGGACAGGACAGCCUCCCGACUUCCUGCGGCCUUCUCUUGCAAGCCCACUCCCUGCAGGCGUGCUCCUGCUCAAGAACGACCUUCCCGCCAGCACUCCUGCCCCCAAGUCCUGCGACUCCUCCCCGCCCCAGGAUGCGUCCACCCCCGGGCCCAGCUCAGCCGGUCACCUCCGCCAGCUUGCUGCCAAGCCAGCACCUUGCACGGACAGUGUUGCCCUGAGGAGCCCCCUGACACUGUCCAGUCCCUUCACCACAUCCUUCAGCCUGAGCUCCCACAGCGCCCUUAAUGGGGACCUCUCUGUGCCCAGCUCCUACGUUAGCCUCCACCUGUCCCCCCAAGUCAGCGGCUCUGUAGUGUAUGGACGGUCCCCCAUGAUGGCAUUCGAGUGUCAUCCUCAUCUCCGAGGGUCAUCCCUCUCCUCCUCCCUGCCCACUCUUCCUGGCGGAAAGCCUGGGUGGGGGCUAGGGAUACUGCUGCACACCCUGCAGUGCGUGGACCCAGAGAUGGACCCAGCCUCAAGAACCCAGGAACUUUCUGCCGCGAUGGGGAAUGUUCUGGACCUACAGCUGUCCAGUGAUUGCCAUCGCCAUCGGCCGCCUGUGGCUUUUGCCACUGAGGAACUGAAGUUGGCCUACUCCUUCCACGUGUCUGCCGACGGGCAGAUGCAGCCGGUGCCCUUCCCCUCGGACGCGCUCGUGGGCGCCGGCAUCCCGCGGCACGCGCGGCAGCUGCACACGCUGGCGCACGGCGAGGUGGUCUGCGCCGUCACCAUCAGCGGCUCCACGCAGCACGUGUACACGGGCGGCAAGGGCUGCGUGAAAGUGUGGGACGUGGGGCAGCCGGGCGCCAAGACGCCGGUGGCGCAGCUCGACUGCCUGAACCGGGACAACUACAUUCGUUCCUGCAAGCUGCUGCCCGACGGCCGGAGUCUAAUCGUGGGCGGCGAGGCCAGCACCUUGUCCAUCUGGGACCUGGCGGCGCCCACCCCGCGCAUCAAGGCGGAGCUGACCUCCUCGGCCCCCGCCUGCUACGCUCUGGCCGUCAGCCCCGACGCCAAGGUCUGCUUUUCCUGCUGCAGCGACGGCAACAUCGUGGUCUGGGACCUGCAGAACCAGACCAUGGUCAGGCAGUUCCAGGGCCACACGGACGGUGCCAGCUGCAUCGACAUUUCCGACUACGGCACUCGGCUCUGGACCGGGGGCCUGGACAACACGGUGCGCUGCUGGGACCUGCGGGAGGGCCGCCAGCUGCAGCAGCACGACUUCAGCUCCCAGAUCUUCUCCCUGGGCCACUGCCCCAACCAGGACUGGCUGGCGGUCGGCAUGGAGAGCAGCAACGUGGAGGUUCUACAUGUCCGCAAGCCCGAGAAGUACCAGCUGCACCUUCACGAGAGCUGUGUGCUCGCCCUCAAAUUCGCCUCCUGCGGGCGCUGGUUUGUGAGCACUGGGAAAGACAACCUGCUCAACGCCUGGAGGACACCGUAUGGAGCCAGCAUUUUCCAGUCCAAGGAAUCAUCCUCCGUGCUGAGCUGUGACAUCUCCGGAAAUAAUAAGUACAUUGUGACAGGCUCAGGGGACAAGAAGGCCACCGUGUACGAGGUGGUCUACUGAGACCCCCCAUCUUCCUGCACCCUUGGCCCGGCUCCUAGGGGAGGGGCAUCCCGGACAGAGACCCCGACCCACCCCCUCUCCAUUCAUACCUGUGAGUGCUAAGUCUCGUCUGCCCUCUGGCUGACUCCCUCCCAUCUUCCCUUGCUGGACGUGGGGCUGGACGGGCAGGUGGACUUCGGGGAAAUAAAUGUAUUUAUCGCAACUGCC